AGCACGAGAACGCACCGUCACAGGGAAGCGUAGCACGGAGCUCACAGCUGCACCAGCUACAGCAAUCAAUUCAGUCCAAAAAAUGUCUGCCGAGCUGUACACUGUGAGUGGACCAGGUGGGAAUGAUGCAAGUCUUCAAGGCAGCACAGUGGGGGGAAGCAAACCUUUACACCGCUUCAUGAAAGGGCAACCCAAGACUAUUGGCGUCGUCGUGUUGGUCUUGGGCUCGUCUUUCUUUAUCAUUUCAAUUGCAAUAGCAGGAGAACUCUCUAGCUAUUCUGUGUGGAGAAUCACCCCAUCUGUCAUUAUUCAGGCAAUUCUGCUCAUCAUAUGUGGGAUUAUGUAUAUUCUGACAGAGCACAAUCCAACCAAGAAAACCGUCACCAUAUCUUUGGCUCUGAGUAUUGUGUCGAUACUCUCGUCAUUGUGGAUUGACUUGCUCAUCCUGCCCAAUUUAAUACAGAACCACUACUACAGGCCUUUUAUUUACGAUUAUAACAUCACAGUUUCAGACGAAGGAUCUCAUCAUGAGGCCAUGGGAAGGAGCUUGGAAUGGAUCUUUAUAAUCUACACUUUUGUUGCUGCAAUUAUUUUAAUUGUAAUGUCAACUCUGGCUGGAGCUGCCCUGCGUUCCACAAAGAGUCAGGCUGUUGUCAUGAUGAUGGCUGCACCACCUGAAACUCCAGCAGAAUGAAGGCUGCAACAUAAACGUCUGAGGUGGGACAACGUGAGAAGAGAGAAGAACUAUGAAGCAACAUGUUCCUUGAGCCCUAAAUAUAAACCAGCACUAACUAUCUUUAUAUACAAGGCCAAACAGAUUGUAUGUAUGUCUGAUACGUGUGGCUGUGUGGUGUUUCUGUGAUCUAUUACUUUAUCAUCAACAAGGACUUGCUGUUUACUCUGCAGCCAGCAGGCGGCGUUGAUUAUCUUCCUUGUUAUGUUUACACAGCGACGCCACAGGAGGACAGUCCGGGUGAAACUGAGAACCUCCGGCUGCCCAUGACACUUUUAUGUGUUUUUUUUUACUAUGUAAGCUCUUCCUUAAACAGCAACUCCAAUAAACUCAAACACUGUGACACCUUAA